AUGCUCACUUUCUUCGCCCAGCUCCUCCGCCGACGAUCCCCUCGUCGUGUCUCCCAACCCCUUCAGCCGUCGGAUCCGAAGCUACCCACGGAACUUCUUCUGAAAAUAUUCCAUCAUCUCGACAUCGAUGCGCUGAUAUCGGCGAGCCAGGUUUGCCGCACAUGGAAGGGGGCGGCGGCAGCGCCUGAGUUGGUAUCGCCCUUCCUGCGACAGCUGGUUCCCAAAGCCGACUUGCCUGGGUCGGAGCAGGGCGAUACCUUGAUGCAGGUGCUCAAGACGCAGCGGCGAGCGCAAGUCAAUCGCGCCGAGGGGAGAUUCUGUGUCCUCGAGUUGCCGAUGGAGAUGGGCACCAACAUUGAGACCAAGCUCUGGAUUACACACGACAAUCGCUACGUGGUGUCGCUGGCAGACGUACGCGGCGAGGAUCAGAAGAUAUUCACCGCUUAUCACAUCGGGAGCAAGGAAAUCGUAUUCACGAAGACGCUCGUUGGCGAGCACACUGGCCUCAUUCUCCCCAAGACGAACAUAUUUGUUGGGCAUAACCGCCUCGACCGGGACUUCGACUAUGUCGAGAGACUGAUCUACAUCGACAUCGACAAGCGGGAAUUCUUCCACGAGCCAAUCCACCUGAAACCUACCAUCUGGCACUGGAAGCUGGUUCUCAAUGACCACGGUGCUGCUGUGGCCGCUGGCGACCGUGAGCGGUAUCCGGCCUGGCGCAGUGCCGACUCAGCAGAUGGGACGGUGCGGUUUGGAUACCAAGUUGGCUGCAAGCCUCACCCGACUCCAAUGCGCGUGUCGGGAGCCCCGGACAUCAAGCACGAGGGGCAGAGUUUCUUCGGAUUGGCUUCUUCGGCGACGGAUAAUCGCUAUUUGGUGGCUGCUGGCUACACUGUGGCACUGCUAAUCGAUUUCGAUCCGCGGAAGCACGAUGAGGUUUCGGUGAAGGGCGUAUACGCCGCUGAGUUCAACCCUAAUGAGAACUGCCAUCGCCACUGGUACGCCGGUCGUCCAGAUUGGGAGUGUUGA